GGUGUGCGUUUUAAUACCACUGUGCGUCUACGUCCAUGCCCACACGGAAUUGAAAUGGCGGAGGCUACGGACAGAAUGGAGAUUUCUCAGGGGGAGAACUCGGCCAAGCCUGCAGCAGAAGACAUGACUUCUAAGGACUAUUACUUUGACUCCUACGCCCACUUCGGUAUCCACGAGGAGAUGCUGAAAGAUGAGGUGCGCACCCUGACCUACCGGAACUCAAUGUUCCACAACAAGCACCUGUUCAAGGACAAGGUGGUGUUGGACGUGGGCAGUGGAACUGGCAUCCUCUGCAUGUUCGCAGCUAAAGCUGGGGCCAAGAAAGUCAUAGGAAUUGAGUGCAGCAGUAUCUCUGACUAUGCCGUGAAGAUCGUCAAGGCCAACAAAAUGGACCACAUUGUGACCAUCAUCAAGGGGAAGGUGGAGGAGGUGGACCUCCCUGUAGAGGGAGUGGACAUCAUCAUCUCAGAGUGGAUGGGCUACUGCCUCUUCUACGAGUCCAUGCUAAACACUGUCAUCUACGCCAGGGACAAGUGGCUGAAACCAGAGGGCCUGAUUUUCCCAGACAGGGCUACCCUGUACGUCACAGCCAUUGAGGACAGGCAGUACAAGGACUAUAAAAUCCACUGUGAGAAUUCCUCUAAAUUUUGGGGGUGGGAGAACGUGUACGGCUUUGAUAUGUCCUGCAUCAAGGAGGUGGCCAUCAAGGAGCCCCUAGUGGACGUGGUGGACCCCAAACAGCUGGUCAGCAGCGCCUGUCUCAUCAAGGAGGUGGACAUCUACACGGUGAAGAUCGACGACCUGUCCUUCACCUCGCCCUUCUGCCUGCAGGUGAAGAGGAAUGACUACAUCCACGCCCUCGUCACCUACUUCAACAUUGAGUUCACGCGCUGUCACAAGAGGACGGGCUUCUCCACCAGUCCAGAGUCCCCCUACACCCACUGGAAGCAGACAGUAUUCUACCUGGACGACUAUCUGACUGUGAAGACUGGAGAGGAGAUUUUCGGGAACAUCAACAUGAAGCCCAAUGUCAAAAACAACAGAGACCUGGACUUCACCGUUGACAUAGACUUCAAGGGUCAGCUCUGUGAGGUGUCCAAGACCUCAGAGUACAGAAUGCGUUAGGUGCCCCUUUCUCCUACACCCCAUUGUGUGUUUGUGAAAGGGAGUGCUGAAGGAAGAUCAGGGGUCAGUGUGUGUGUCUGUAUGAUCACUUCUCAUCCUCCAGAACUUGACUAGUACUCCUAAGCAAUGUCUGAAAUAUUGUAUUUCUUUCUUGUAACGUUUGAUCUGAUGUUUAAAACAACUAAAGUACCAGUGGAAAGACAUGGCAACUCAUUGUGCAAGUGUCACUGAAAUGGUGUUUGUUUUUACAUGUGCUUAUGUUCAGCUCGUGAUCUUAGCCUGUGCUUAAACUCAAUGCGUGCGCACACACACUGACCCCCUCACCUGCCUGUACAUAGUGUUAUUGUUCAGUCACUUUGGCCUCUGUUGUACAUUCACGGAUCUUGUUGACAUGUCAGAACCCCCCCUCCCCCUGUUUUCAUAAGAAGUGCCUCCUGUGACUGGUUUCUGUCCCCUCCCCCGCCAGCCAAUUAGAUUGUCUGUUGGGGGGGAUGCAAGUCAGCCAUUGGUGUAUUUACAAAUUCUGAAUGAGAGUACUUGGAGGAAAUGUUCUCCAGGCUGUAAAAAGCAGUUGUAGCUGUGAUGAAAUCUGAGUAUCAUUAUGUGGAGCCUGCCUCAAGACGAGCUGAAUGGUCCCAUGGAUCGUCAUGUCUGAUUGGAUAUCUCUGUACUGAUGACCUCCCCUUGCGCGAGACUGACUGUAAGCAGUUUGUUCGCAUCCAGCAGGUGGGGGUGAUGUAGUCUAACCAUGGAUCAGUUAUCAUUUUCCCCCAUUCAGAUCGGUCUUUGCUGAACCUGUUCUAGCAAUCAGAAUUCAUAAGAGCCCCCUACUAAGAAAAGCAAUCAAGUAUUUUUUAGAUGAAUGGUUUAUUGGGACCACAUCAAAUCGUCCACUCUUCCCAGUGCUGGACCAAACGAGAUCCCUCUACCCUGUUGUCACUGCCUGGAUUCAGUAACAUUGGUUUAGCCAAUCCUAGGGCCCCUUGUGUUUGCUGGAUUAUCUGUCUGGUUUGCCCUCUAGCGCAAAGUGCAGCACUUAUAUCUGAAACAAAUGUUUGGCCAAACCGCCAGCCAGAAGGGGCAGAUGUCGACCUCUGAGAUUGGUUAUCACCAGUGUGGGCUAUGCAGGGUGGAGAUUGGUCAGACUGGACUGUUUCAUGUUAUGCUUUUUUUUGUCCUUGCUGGUUUAUGCCAUCACACCUUUUUUUAUUUAUCAUCUUUUUAAAAAAAUAAAGUAAAACUGGAAAAUAUA